CUGUGGGAGCGCGCGGGAACGGUAGCUCCGUAGUCGAGUCAGAGAUGCGCGGAAGCACUGCGGGGCUGGCCGACACGCUGGCGAGCGGGUCGCGCGCGCACGCCGCGCUGCUCGAGGCGGCCGACGCCCUGUUCGCGAGCGCGCUCGUCGCGCCCGCCGUCGUCACCUACUGGAAGUCCACCUGGACCCUCAUGGACCUGUACGUGCUGCCCGAACACCAAGUGAGCAGCGCCGCCGCGUGCGCCGCCUUCGGACUGUGCUGUGACUUCUUGUUUUGCGUGUUCCAAACUCAGUUGAGCAAACACCUCAGCCCGGACCGCGGUCGGUUGACGUAUUACGUGCUGUCACGGUUGUACACGUGUGUGGCGGGGGUGGCGUGUGUAGGCGCCUGGCGGGGCGUGUGGAACCUGCUCAACGAGUGCACCGGCGACAGCGCGCGCACGCUGCUCUCCACCACGGCAGCGGCGACGCUGUCGCUGGCGGCGCUGCGCGCGCUCCGGAACAUAUGCGCAGCACCGUUCGCGGUAGCCGUUGAUACACCCCAGGACUAUUUUGAUGUGCCGACUAUGUUCCGUACGAACAGCAGAGAGACGGUGCUGUACGUGCUAGACUGCGUGUUUUCUGUGACGGUGGUGGGCUCGCUGGUGGUGUUCGUGUGGCGCGGCUCCUGGGCUCUGCUUGACAUCUUCCUCUUUCCUGAGGACACGGUCAGGUCCUGUUGGACCUCGUUGAUAGUAGGCUAUGCUCUAGUGGUAGUGACUUUCGCCCUGCAAGCGCCAGUCCGCUGGGCUGCUGCGCGUCUUCACGGAGCACCACGACUACUACUGGCAGACUUGUACCACCUCAUCUCGUUUGUAGCCACCGUCAACGUGUGGAGGGGGGUAUGGGGCCUGCUCGAUAUAUACUUCUUCCCUGAGAGUCCAAAACUCAGCAACUGGUGUUCACACGUCAUCAGCCUGGCCCUGCUCAUCCUCCUGAAUUGUUCGAAUUCUGUCCUCGUGCGAGGAGUUUACAUCGACGCCGAAGAGCCUGCAGGCGAAUGCGUCGUCUUCCCUUGCCACUAUCUCAGGCUAUUCUUCCACAAAGAACGAACCAAGAAGAGGCACAGACGGGCCCUGCAAGCCGCCGCAACAGCUUCCAGAAAGUCCGAAGAAGCGAGUUUACCUCUACAGAUUCCCGAAGAGAAGGUGUAGUUCAGGUCUACUGAGCUGCUUGUCCAGCUCAAGGUUUUGUGUGUGUUGAUAUUGACUGGUUACACGAUUGACAUAUUAUGGUUAUGAUUUAAUGUUAGUGCGUUUAAGCACUAAAUUGGUAAUCCAGUAUUCUUAAAAGUCAUUGUAUUGUAUUCUCUUCCUCAUUUACUGUGUCUGCAUAUUUAUUUUCUAAGUAUAACAGUGACAAGGUAAAACCUGUAUUGUCAAAAGUAAAACAUUAUUUGCUUUGGGAUUCAGACGUAACAUCUUGAACUUAAAACCUACGGUGUUCCCAUCCUUUGCCUAGAAUUUUAAUAUUUGACAAACGUUAUUUAACAUAAAUAGGGCGGUUCUUGUGGAAGGAACAUUAUUUAUUGUUAUACCCUUGUCCUUAUUCUAUUUCCGAAUUAUUAUGCACAAAUGUUUAUCUAUAAUCUUUACUAUCAAAUAAUGUAUUCAACGUAAAUUAGUAUUGUUCCCUAAUGUUGCUAGUCUACGUGAGGCCUUAAUUGUUAAUCUGUAAAACAAAGUCUAAGUCAAUGUCAUAAUAAAACAUGAAGGAUCGGCCAGCUACUGAAAGCCAUAAUAAAUGUCAUAGAAUUGUUCCAUUUGAACUCUGAACGAUAAUAAAUUUUCAAAAACCCUAUCCAUAUACCUUUAAUGUUUUGAUUCGUCUUCGCCACUUAAUACAGCUGGUAGUCUGGCAGGUUUCCUGAGUUGUUCAAAGUAGGAAUAAGUGCUAUGUAAAUAAGUGUUAUCAUUAAUAUAAGUUAUAGUCGGAUAGCUGAGCUGUUGUUAAAUUUCUGCUGUCCCGCGGCGGACGGUACAUAAUAAACGGAUUUAUCACAAACAUA